GGCAACACACCGCAUUUUUACAUAGAACGAGCUGGUGGCGUUUAAAAGUUUUAAAAGUGCGUUUUCGCUGUUUUUAUUCUAAAAUAAUAUAAUAUAAUGAAUCAAUCAGCUUCCUCCGUAUCUUUAAAUAAUGCAACAAAAAUGCCAAUUUUAGGCUAUGGAACUUGGCAGGCGACUGAUGCGGAACUUGAAGCGGCAGUAGAAGCAGCAUUAGAAGCCGGUUAUCGACAUAUCGACACAGCAUAUGUUUAUGAAAACGAAAAAGUCAUUGGAAAAGUCUUAAAGAAAUGGAUUUCUUCAGGCAAAGUAAAAAGAGAGGAUCUUUUCAUAGUGACCAAACUUCCUCCGGGCGGAAUGAGACCGGAAGGAGUUUCCAAGUUUAUCAAGAGAUCCCUAGCACACUUGCAGCUUGAUUAUGUUGACCUCUAUCUAAUUCAUGUUCCAUUUGCUUUCAAAGAUAUCGAAGGUGAUUUACAUCCUAUGACGAGUGAUGGUAAAAUUAACCUGGACUUAAAAACCGACCAUAUUGGCAUUUGGAAGGCGAUGGAAGAACAAUUAGACGCUGGGUUAACAAAAGCAAUUGGCUUAUCCAAUUUCAAUAUCUCUCAAAUCACCAGAGUACUGAAUAACGCUCGAAUCCCACCCUGUAAUCUCCAAGUGGAGCUGCACGCUUACCAUCAGCAAAAAGAACUGGUCGAUUUUUGUAAAAAGAACAAGAUUGUCGUAACGGCAUAUUCGCCGUUGGGAAAUCCAGGUUUGGCCUCUUUUCUCGAUCGAUUUGGUAAAAAGGUAGAGUUGCCCAAUAUAUUGAAAAAUCCAGUUGUAAAUGAAAUUGCCAAAAAGUACAACAAGGAGCCGGCUCAAAUCUUGUUGAAACAUAUUAUCCAGAGAGGCGUUGUAGCAAUUCCUAAGAGUACGAAUCCUCAAAGGCUUAGGCAAAACAUCGACAUAUUCGAUUUCAGUCUGGAUGACAGUGACUUAUCCAAAUUGAAUGCCCUCGAUGCAGGAGUGAGAUUGUUGGAUUUCGAUGUUUUCAGCGGGGUCAAGGAACACCCGGAAUAUCCGUUCCCGGAACUAAAAUAAAUCUGGUUUUGCAUUAAAUAUUCGAGGCAUUAGAACAAGUUUUACAUCUUUGUUUGUUAUUUUAAAAUAAUAUAAUAUACUUUACUUAAUAAAGUAUAUAUACCAUA